AUGAAUACUUCAAAUGAAUCAGCAAAUUAUACUACUAUAAAUGCUAGCUCUGUGAAUUGGAGUAAUAAUCAAAUUAAUUCUUUUUCUUCUAGCUUGCGUGUGCAAAUCAAUGACUAUGACACUUAUCAAACUCUCCCAACAAGAUUGGACCAAUUAUGUACCCAAGUCACCCAAGUUCCAAUAAUCAGAAUUUACGGGUCUUUAUCGGUACAGCCUUCUUCAGAUAAUACAGAUUCACCUAACAAGAAAAAACGGAAAAUAAAUGAGACUACUUCGCCUGCAGUUUUCCAUGUGGUUAUUCAUGUACAUAAUUUCUAUCCAGAUAUUUAUGUUGACUGUAACGAAACUGAUUUAACAAAAUUGGAAAAUGAGAAGUUUAUCAAUUUAGUAACGGAUUAUUUAGAAGCCGCUUUAAAAGAAUCUUUCAAAAAUAGAAAAUCUUCAAAAAAUUUUGAGGAUGAUGAACUGAAUAAUCUUGAGAAUUCAAAGCCAUCUGGUCUACGUAAAUACAUUGCAAAUGUAUCUGUUUGUAAAGGAGUCCCUAUUUAUGGCUUUCAAUUAGGAUACAGGAUGUUUUACAAGAUAUCUUUGUUAUCGCCACUUUACAAAUCCAGAUUGGCAAAGCUCUUCCAGGAAAACACAAUCUCGUUAUUUAGAAUAGGCAUGGAAGAGAAGGAAAAUGUAAUAUACAAUCCUGAGCCAACUUACGUGUAUGAAGCUCAUAUUCCAUAUUUGUUACAGUUCUUGACUGAUUAUAAUCUAUUUGGAUGUGGAUGGAUAAACAUCGACAAGGAUUUUGUUAGUAAGGAAGAUGCAAAAACUCGAGGGUUAUAUUUUCGAUCACCAAUUUUAAGGGAUAUACAUAAAUCAUGCCAUAGUCCCAAUCACUUACAUACCCUACUACAGUUUUUAUCGAAUUAUAUUACUACUGAUAAUGUGCUAUAUAAUGGACAACUUGAUAGUGGGAACCCGUGUCCUUUCAACCGAAUUGGAAAGUCUAUUCUUGAGAUAGAUAUUACCACAAAUAGCAUACUAAACCGUGAUUGGCUCAGCCCUCGAGAACUACAUGACGAUUUCGUAGAGAAAUCAGAAUAUCUAGAAUAUAAAAGAGCAAUUGAGCUGGGUGGUCACAAGUAUGGUUAUAAGUACGAUAACGAAGGUCAGCCUAGAAUUUAUUUGUCCUCUUUGAAACAAAUUUAUAACGAUCUCAAAUAUCAGUGUCGAUCAAGAGAUUCACUGUUUGAUGUUGCUGCAGAUGUUUUGGAAACAGGACAUUCGUCUUAUUUUGGCACUGGAUCUACAAACUGGUCGAAUCAAGAUCAGUUGAAAGAGUUAUUUGAUUACUUUAAAAAGCUAAAUGGUGAAGUCAAAUUGGAUUCACCGAAUUAUUCGAAGAAAUACAUACAAUCCAGAAAGCUAAAACACCCAAUUGUAUUUGCAAGAAUGCCCACGGCUUUCCAAUUAGUUGAUAUUGAAAAAACAAUGAUACACCAUAAGCUUAAAAUGAGAGUUGGUAGUGAUUUGUUAAACUGGACUAAUUACCUUUUGUUGUUUGAGCUGCAACAUGAUCAGAAGUUAGACAACGAUAUUCCUAUUGCAAUCAAUAUUUUACCAGAAGAGAAUUUAUCUGAGAACGAGUCUUCUGACAAUAAUGAUAUGGCGAUGGUUAAUGCAAAUGUUAAUUCUAAUGCUGAUGAAAAUUUGAUUACUGAAACCCCCUUUGACGGAGAGCCUACCGAAAAUGCUCAAGAAAAUAACAACGAGGAGUCUGAUGAAUGCAAAUUAACUCAACUUCAUCAAUUUGAUGAAACUUUAAUGAGAAAUUUGACCCAAAUUGAAGCCACACAAACAGCAAAUUUUUUGGGUGUAGAAGAUUUGUCGUAUCUAGAUGACUUUUCAUUUACUCCUUCUCAAAAUCAACCUGGUUUCAAGAACUUGAAUAUGACUGAUUGCUCAUACGAAGUUCCCAUCUCUGACCAAUUGAAGCCGGAAAAUGUCAAUCGGACUUUUCAAAUGGCUGGAUUGUUAAAAGUUAAUUAUUCGGAUCCUUUCUACGAUAAUCUAAAUGAUGUUCCAACCAAACCUUUAGUGUUUGCGAAUCAAAAAAUUGUGGUGCCAAUGAAGAAUGAACUGCUGAUUCCUAGUUUAGAAAUGUCUCAAUUAAUUAAACAAACCACCCACAUCACUAAACCGAUAUCCCAAAUAUUUAGCACUUGGCAGUAUGUACCUGAUCCCCCGUCUAAACUCGACGUCAGCAAGUGGCUAAAACACGAUGAAUCACAUGCCCUUAAAAAGAAUACCAAAUACCAAUUUCAGAUAGAGCCAGGGGUUACUCAAUCCCAUGAUUAUAAGUAUUCAUAUGACUCUAUGAAAGUAUCGAGAAGACCCGACGAGUUUAAUUGUUUAACAAGUUUUCACAUGGAACUACAUGCAAAUCCACCCAAUUGCAAACUAGCGGUUGAUCCUUUAAGAGAUCCUAUUUCGUUGAUUUUUUAUUCUUUCGACGAUUCCAACGAUAUGUUUGGACAUUUAGGUUUCACAUCCGGUAUAUUGAUCUUUGAUAAUACAGGCAUUGAUUUGAAUGUGGUAGAAAGAUUGUCACUAACAUUGAAUAAGCAUAUUGAAGUCUUUGACGAUGAAUUGAAAAUGAUAACAAAACUAGUCACACUAGUUGAGCUUUUUGAUCCGGAUAUUUUGUCGGGAUAUGAGGUCAAUUCGAUGUCGUGGGGUUACAUAGUUGAAAGACUACGAGAUGUAUUUGGUAUGAACAUAAUGUUGGAUUUGAGUCGUGGAAGUUUCAAGAGUAACGGGAAGUUUGGUGACCGAUGGGGGUAUACUCACACAUCGAAUAUUAAGAUUUCCGGCAGACAUAUGCUUAAUGUAUGGCGGCCGUUAAGAUCGGAGAUGAGUCUCACCAGCUAUUCAUUGGAGAAUGUCGCCUAUCAUUUACUACACAAGUCACUACCAAGAUAUCUGAAUUAUACAUUAUCCGAGUGGCUAAAAGAAGGUAAUUUUUCCAGCCUUUUAACUGUUUUGUCUUACUACAUAAACAGAGUUGAUAUUAUUCUUAAAAUAAUAAAUGUUCAGGAAUUGAUUACUAGAAAUGUUGAACAUUCUAGAUUGAUUGGGAUUGAAUUUAAUUCCAACUUCUAUCGAGGCUCACAAUAUAAAGUCGAAUCGAUCUUAGCUCGAAUUUGCAAACCAGAGAGUUUAUUGUUGAACUCGCCCUCCAAACAACAAGUUCAUGAAAUGAGACCGAUAGAAUGUAUUCCGUUGAUUUUAGAACCGAAAUCAAACUUUUAUAAAUCGCCUUUAGUAGUAUUGGAUUUUCAAUCGUUGUAUCCAUCAAUCAUGAUUGCCUAUAAUUACUGUUAUUCAACUUUGGUUGGCAAAUUACACAAUUACCGCCCUACUAAGAAUAAUAUUGGAUAUUUACAUAAUUUGAAAAUACCCUUUGGGUUAGUGAAUUUACUUGAAAAGGAAGAUGGGUUCAAUAUAUCUCCUAAUGGGUUUGUAUUUGUGAAAAGUCAUAUUAGAAAGUCAAUACUAGCGAAAAUGUUGGAAGAGAUUUUAAGUAUUAGAAUCAAAAUCAAACAAGUUAUGAAAUUGUUCAAAGAAGAUGCUGAGUUAACAAAAUUAUAUAAUUCGAAACAACUUGCCUUAAAGUUAAUAGCUAAUGUUACAUAUGGUUACACUUCUGCCACAUUUAGUGGUAGGAUGCCUAAUUCUGAUAUUGCAGAUGCUAUUGUGUCUACUGGAAGAGAAAUUUUAAACAAAUCAAUUGAGUUAAUAGAUUCUGGGAAUUAUGGUGCUAAAGUUGUUUAUGGUGACACAGAUUCGUUGUUUGUGUAUUUCCCUGGUAAACCCAAAACAGAAGCAUUUAAGCUUGGUAAACAAAUUGCGAAAACUAUCACCGAUUAUUUCCCCGAUCCAGUAAAACUAAAGUUUGAGAAAGUGUACCAUCCAUGUGUUCUAUUAGCAAAGAAGAGGUAUGUUGGUUUUUCCUAUGAAUAUGAAGAUCAAACAACUCCCAAAUUUGAUGCCAAAGGUAUUGAAACUGUACGAAGAGAUGGAAUCCCGGCCCAACUGAAAAUGACAGAAAAGACAUUAAGAAUAUUAUUUGAGACGAAAAACCUUUCUAAAGUGAAGCAAUAUACGAUUGAUCAAUUUUACAAAAUCAUAUUCAAUAAAGUGCCUAUUAGAGAUUUUUGUUUCGCUAAAGAAGUGCGAUAUGGUACUUACAAAAAUGAAAAAUAUUUACCUCCAGGGGCUAUAAUCGCUAAAAAUAUGGCAGAAGAAGAUCCAAGAAAGGAACCUCAGUAUCGUGAACGAGUGCCUUAUGUUGUUAUCAGAGACUCGUCAAAACCAAGGAUUAAAGACCGGUGUAUUUCUCCUGAAGAUUUUAUCAGGUCAUAUGAAACUAAUCUGCCGGCUUCUCUUGAUUAUACAUAUUAUAUAACUAGAGUAUUAAUUCCUCCAUUGGAAAGAAUUUUCAAUUUAAUUGGAGUUGACGUUAACAGUUGGUAUCGAGAAAUGCCUGUGGUGAUGCGUGGUUCCCAUGUUGCAUACGCUGAAGGAUGUCUUGUAUGUGGGAACCGCUUGGAUGAUAGUGCCAAUAUUUGCCUGAACUGUCGUACAAAUGAACAAGAGGUAAUUGCUGAUGUGAUCCUGACCUCUCGAGACACUGAAGAGAAACUUGCUGAAGUUGAAAGUGUGUGUCGCGAUUGUGUCAAAGGAAACACCUCCCUGUCAGUGGGUAGUUUUAUUGAUCAAUGUACUGAUAAUUGUGUGAAUGGAGAUUGUAUGGUGUAUUAUAAUAAAUUUAAGCUUAAUAAUGAAUCGAAACAAAUUUUCUCCAAAAAAGACAAAAUCCUUCGAGAAUUGGAUUGGUAA